UAUUCCAACAGCAAAGUGAAAGCUUGUAAUUAGUUCCUUGAUGCACUGUGCGUGCAGUGCGUAGUUUGGCAAAAUUCCCCGAAUUACUACAGUAACCGACAUACGAUAGGGCUCACCGCACCGAUCAGGGAAUGCAUUAACGCCUCAUCCUAGCGUACCCUCAUCAUCGCCCAAAAAAAAAAACGCCGGCCUGUACGGAUCAUGUUACGUACGCAAACCAAAAUGAGAAACAAAACACAAAUAUCCUUACGACACUCUUGACAUUCUUGCAAGUGCAGUCUAGCGUGGAGGAAAAAGGUUUGGUGUUAUUUUCGGGGCCAUUUUUUGGACACCUUGGUGGACGAGUUUUUUUUCUUAAGGGAAUUUGCUUAACCCACCCACCCACUUCUCCAUUAGAACCCCUUCUGACUUCCGCCCGUUUUGACAGGUAAGGUAGCUGAAGGAAUGCCCAAGAAAACACUUGUGAGGUUUCGCUGCUACUCUGCGAGCGAGGUGCAUGCUUUACCGCUUUGGACGCAACAUUUCAGAAGGGCAGGAACGUUUGCUUGGUGCUGAAAAAUGUGCCGGGUAUUAUAAUUGUAGCGAGUCAUUUACACUAAUAGUGGAAUGUCCAGCCUGGUGUGCUGCUUAAAUUUCUUCUCCGCCCGGGGUGGGCUCUAUUAAGGAACGAUGGUUUGACAGUAGUUUCCGAUGGUGCGGCCCGGUACCGGAUCAGUACGCUGGAAGCCGUUCAGCAGUAAGGAUCGUUCAGCAGGCCCGUAAGCACCGGCCAGCUAAACCGAGAAGCGUACAAAUCGAAACACCGAACUGCAUAACCUCGGCAGAUCAAAUAGAAAGUGGCGUGCGUCGGCGUAACUUUAAGUGGACAUAAUUGGUUUUAAUAUACGGUUGUGCGUUUGGCGGAAAAGGAUUGCCGGCCUUCGAACAUUGUUGUAUCCGUAGAAAGACGCCAUAAGAUGCUACCCUAGAAGAACCAUUCCUGUGAAGCUUCAGUAAGGUAGUCGGUUUGGUGUGUCUAGUGUCACUAGUUUGUCACCAGUAAAGUGAACUCCGCAUCAGACUCCCCCGAAACCGCACACUCGCUGCGUCAAACCUUGAAGUUCCAGUUUUGCACUUACCAAUCCACCCUUUUACAACAUGGCGACCAGUAAUCCGGCAUUUGAAAACGAUGAGCCCUUAGCGGUGGGGACGAUACGAUCGCCAAGCUACGAUCUCUCCAAGACGCGCUCCAACGAACAGCAGUCCGCUACCAGCGAGCCACAAACGUCCACUGCCAAGGUGAACCACUUCCAGGAGCCACCGGACAAAGGUGGCAACACACGAACCAGCGCACUGCUUGAGAUGAACCUCGUGAAGAACAUCCACAAGGUACAGCGCGACAAAUGGGGCAAAGAUAUCGAGUUUCUGCUUUCCUGCAUAGCGCUCUCGGUCGGACUGGGCAAUGUGUGGCGCUUUCCGUUCACUGCGCUGGAAAACGGUGGCGGUGCCUUUGUUAUACCGUACCUGAUCGUAUUGCUGCUGGUCGGUCGUCCGAUCUACUAUCUGGAGAUGCUGAUCAGUCAGUUUUCGAGCCGGGGCUGCAUCAACGUGUACGAUGCAUCGCCGGCAAUGCGUGGCAUCGGUGUUGGUCAAACCUACUCGACUAUUAUCGUGAUGACUUACUAUGCGUCACUGAUGGCCGUUACGAUGCGAUAUCUGAUUGCAUCGUUUGCCGAUCCGCUACCGUGGAGUGAAUGUAGCGAAACCUGGAACGCCACCUGUAUCGAUUCACGGUUGAUCACGAACAUGGCCGAAAAUUCGACCACCACGGCCGUCACCUCGGCCGAGCUGUACUUUGUUAAAGACGUGCUCAAGGAAGCAAGCACUAUACACGAUGGCAUUGGUACGCCUGAUUGGCGUUUGGUGCUGUGCUUGCUCGUACCAUGGACCUGUAUCUGUUUAACACUCAUCAAAGGAAUUAAAAGCUCCGGUAAGGUUGCCUACUUCCUGGCCAUUUUUCCGUACGUAGUGAUGCUGGUACUGUUGGUGCGUGCCUGCACACUGGAGGGUGCCGGUGAUGGCAUGCUGUACUUCAUCAAACCGCAGUGGGACCGUAUCCUCGAGGCGAAGGUUUGGUAUGCGGCCGUUACGCAAGUGUUCUUCUCACUCACGAUUUGCUUCGGAAACGUAAUGAUGUACUCGUCCUACAAUCGGUUCCAAAACAACGUUUACAGAGAUGUGACGAUCGUGUCGAUCAUGGAUACGCUUACAUCGAUGCUGGCUGGUUUGAUAGUGUUCGGUGUGAUUGGGCAUCUGGCCCACGUAUUGGAAGCGCCCGACAUUAAGCAGGUUGUACGUGGUGGAGCAGGACUUGCCUUCAUCACCUACCCGGAUGCGAUCGCCAAGUUUACCUUCUGGCCUCAGUUUUUCGCGAUCGCCUUCUUCAUGAUGCUGUUCGUGUUGGGCAUCGGUAGCAACGUCGGUAUGGCCACCACAACCAUGACGGUAAUUCGUGAUCGGUUUCCUCAUCUGAAGCCCGCCGUGGUUGCUGUUGGGAUCGCUGUGGUUGGGUUUGGCAUCGGAAUCAUCUACACCACACCCGGUGGACAGUAUGUGUUGGACUUUUUGGACUUCUAUGGCGCUUCGUUCGUGGCGCUCGUACUCGCCGUGUUUGAGAUGAUAACGUUUGCCUGGAUCUACGGUGUGGGACGCAUCUGUCGUGAUAUUGAAUUUAUGCUCGGCAUCAAGACGGGCCUGUACUGGCGUAUCUGUUGGGGCAUUAUCACUCCGACGUUGUUGGCCGCUAUUCUGCUGUACCACAUCGCAACGUACGAAACCUUCACUUUCAAUGGUUACGUGUACCCUGAUGGGAUGUAUGCCUUCGGUUGGUGCAUCUUUGCCGCCGGUGUAUUACAGCUCCCGGCUUGGGCCAUUUAUUCGUUUCUCAAGCGCAAAGAACCGGACUGGAGAGAUCGUUUACUUCACUGUUUCAAACCAACGCACGAUUGGGGCCCGGAAGACCCCGAACUUAAUGCCAAGUAUCAUGAAUCGGUGUACAAAUAUGAACAAUCACUGCCACGCGAUCGAUCGAUACUGCGAAGGAUGUACGAUAAUGUGUUCAGCUGAAGCAUUUAUUGCGAACCUUCGUUCACUCUGGAUGUGAACCGCAUUUAAGAGUAGAAUUGGUUUUUAGCAUUAGGCAUAAAUAAAAUUAAAACAUAUGGUUUUAAGCACUCCAGUAUACAAAACAGAUACAAAUGUCUUUUUAAAUAAAGAGAUGAUUUUGAA